UCUUCUGUGUCGUGAAGUUGCCCUGUUCACUACGACGGAAGCAGAAAGGUAACAGCAUUUAACUUUACGACAGGCCUUCCGGUUAUAUUGGGUAGAACGUUUUUUACGCUAGACAUUAGCUAGCAUUUAAAUCGCUUGAUAGUGAUAGUUUCUGCGCAAAUACAAUGGGAAUAGAGGAGGAAACGGACCGGACGCUCUUCAUACGAAAUUUGGAUCCAAGAGUGACGGAGGAGCUUUUGUUUGAACUGUUUUUACAGGCCGGACCUCUCAUCAAAACAAAAAUUCCAAAAGACGCCGAUGGGAAACAGAAAACGUUUGGUUUUGCCGUUUACAAACACGAAGUGUCCGUGCCAUAUGCCAUGUCGCUACUCAACGGGGUUUCGCUGUAUGGGAGAACUAUUCAUGUACAGUUCAGAUCAGGUAGCAGUCAUAGCAGCAGUCCAGGGAACUCGCAAAAUACAAGUCCUGCAAAUACCCCAAAUCCGCAUGGCCAAAGGACCCCGAUCCAGUUCAGCUCUCCACCAUAUAGUUCUCCGCCCCAAAUGCACAGGUCCUUUUCAUCUCCCGAUAAUCUGCAGAAACACGUCAUGAUGAACAACAUGAUGUGGCAGCUCAACAUGCAGCAGCUUGAGCAGAUAAAUGGCGGCUUUUCCAAGCCUCUGCAGAGGCAGUCGCCUGCAGGUGGAGAUUCUGGCGGAAGUGGCUCAAGGCAACAUGAUAACACCCCCUACCGGCAUCCGUCCCAGAUGAACAGCGGUGGCAGGAAUCAGCGCUACACAGAUGUGCCAGCUCCUGGUCGUCAUCAGCAACACAGCCACAGCCAGGACAACUAUCACCAUCAGAACAGGAGUGGCAACCGUCACCAUGAGAGCAGAGGUGGCAACAGACAUGACAACAAGGGUAGCAACCGUGGCUACCAAGAUAACAGAUGGCGACGGUACUGAGACACAAAGGAUUUCUGUAAGGACUUCAGCUCUUCAAAAAUUUGUGGACAGCUUACUAAAAAAAGAUCAUGAAAGUAUGUUGAGAAAUUCACAUGUGUACUCAGGUUGUUUGUACAUGAUCCUACCAGUUUGAAGAUUUGAUAACUUAUGCCUUAGAGCCAUUUUUGUUUACUUUUAAGGUGUUUUUAAAAAUUGUAUACUUCAUUCAUGUGAGCUUUUCCUCACAGAUAUGUUGCAAAUAUUUUGAGCUGUAUUGACGAGAGCAAGGGAAAAAAAGACAUGGAGAGUCAUUUUGGAAGACGAAAAAAGAAACAUGUAUUUAAAAAACAGAUUUAGGAUAUUGGCAAGUUUUUUUUUUUUUGUUAUUCAAAAAGUAUGUAAAUGGUGCUCCAAGAAAUUCUUCAGGUACUUUGCAAAAAAAGAACAAUUUUCAGCUAAAGAUUCCACCAGCACUGGUUUUACGGGAAUAGGGCACCAUCCUUUUUUAAUGUUAGAUCUGUUGACCUUGCUCCUUCAAAAA